UUGGGGGGUCUCCAGCUCUGACUGUGUCACAUGGAAGCACAGUAGCUGAGCCGAGUGGAUGCGAGUACAGAUGGAGGGGGCUUGAGGUACUGUGGGGGAGAAACCUGGCACUUGGAGAUAAUAUUGGAGAUACAGCGGCGGCGGCGGCGGCGGCGGCAGAUAGGCAGGUCAGACACUUCCCAGCCUUCCUUCUGGCUGGGGAGCAGAGGAGCGCGGACGGGGCGCACAAGGGGGUCAGCGGGCGCUCGGAGGAUGUCACAUGCAAUAUGCUGCAUUCGUGUUUUGUGAAGCCCAAGAAAGCCCAGUUAUCGCCGUUGAUUGAUUAUGUUCGCGGAGAGCGCCUGGUCCGAGUGGAAGCAGAAGGAAGCGACCAGGGUUGAUGCUGCGCCUUCCAAAAUCUCUGAGCUGAAUCCCAGUGAGACUGUGGCACUUCCCUGCGUGCAUGAAUUGUAAGGGCGUGAGUGUGAGUGUGUGUGAGAGCAAGUGAGCGCCAGCGCUCCCACAUGGCCUCCAUGCAGGACGGGCUGAACUUCACGGCUCCUCCCUACGGCAAGGUCCUGCUGCUGGGUGCUAUCGCUGCUGCCUCAGCCUUUGUUGUCACGAUCCUCAUCGUGGUGCUCUGCGUGGGCUGCCAGAGGAAAGGGAAGACACACAAUGUUCCUGGCGAGGGUGGAAAACACCGUCUCAUGGACAUGGGUAUACUCAGGCAGUCGAAGCUCCGGUCCAUCAGUAAAUCAGACACUGAGAUGAACAAGAUGACCUGCAAUGGCAAAAAGGCAUCUAAAGAGAAACGUCCAGCAAGCAUGGACCUUCUACUGCUGCUCAGCCGCCGGUCUAACUCUGAUCUCCGUUCUCAAGGCAGGCAGCUUCCUCAGAUCCCCUCUGGGACUGGAGAGGAGGGAGAGCACACUUACUCUGAGGUGGGCCGACGCUCCUCCACCACACGUACCGACGAUGCCCUCUACGCCAUGGUAGGCAGGGCCGGGCAGACAGACACUCCAGCCCCUCCGGCAGUCCCCGCAAACACUCCGGCGCCCCCGGACCCAGACGGGGAUGUGGAAGGAGGGCUGCCUGAACCUGAGGCCCAGGUCAUGUCUCCCCCUCAUCCUCAGGAGACGGCCGAGUAUGCCUGUGUCAGGAAGCUGAGGAAGGCCGACAAGGCACCACAAAAGAGGGACAGUGGGACGGAUAUGGGGGUGCCUCCAGCGCCACCUCCACGACACGCUCCGCCAUCACAUCCUGCUCCUCCUCCACCACACCCCCACAGCACAAAGUUGCCCCGUAGAAACGUGGACGCCUUCAACGUCCCGGCAUUCCCAAAGGAAGUGAUGUUUAUGGGCAACGGAGAGCAGUAUAUCUGGAAGCCUCCAGAGGAUGAAGAGAUGCUCAUGCACCAAAAUAAAGCCCUGGGACCGUUGGGUGCUCACACAGUGGAGAAUAUACAACCGUCUGCUGCUGUGGUGGCUGAGAUGUACUCGAAGGUGUGUAAACCAGGAAAGAAGAAGAGAGCUGUGCCGGGGUCUCCCCCAGCAAAUCCUGGCUUCCGGACCUUGGGUCGUGGUGACCGGGACCGAGACCGGGAUGGGGGGUUUAGUGUAGUGGUCAAACCCCAGACGUGGGCCCUUCAGGAGGGGAAAGCAGUUGGAGGGCCCCUUGACGACCACUGCUAUGAGUCCAUCGGGACAGAGGAGUGUGAUCCAGCCUACGAGAACAUGGAAGGUGGAGGAGCCUGGAAGCGAGAGAGGCCCCCCAACACGUGUGCCACCCUGCGGCCGAGGAGGAAGAAAGCCCAGCAGCCCUUGCAGCAGCAACAGCCCCCUCCACCGCCGCCGACACAGCAGACCCCCAAGUUACAGCACCUGCCUGCCAAAGCCCUGCUGCUGCCGGGGGAGAACCUGUACGAGAGCAUCGGUGACCUGAAGCAGGGCUCCGCCACCUCCAGCACCACCACCAUCUUCACUUUCAACGACGGCAUGGAGAUGUAUGUAACAGGGCUCUGAGGCGGCGGCUGCACUGUGACCCCUAUCCUUCCAACACAAGGAGCUGAGCCAACACCAUGAGGAGUGACGGCUGAGCCCCUGUCAUGCUCACCCACACAUACUGUUUACAUUCAAGUCAUAACAUCAUGCCUUUCACAGGCUCUGGAGGCCUUGGGGCAAAAAUGUUGAUCUGUUAUGACCUGGGCUGAAUACAAAGUCCAAUCUAUAAACCUUAUAAGGAAUCCAAAGGUAGAGAAUAAUAAAUGAGCACAAGACCAUUGCAGAGCAAUCUGUACAGUAGGUAACAGUAGCACUUCUAUUUUACUGAUACAUAUGUGCAAAGCACAAUAAAGUAAAAAGCCUAAAUUCUUCCUUAAUUUUAGCGGGUAAAAAUAGUUGUUGACCUGGUCCUAGCAGGACUCCUAUUUGGGGAAAAGGCACAGCAUUGUGUGGAAUCUUUUGGUAGCACUUAGUCUGUCAUGAACAGGCCUUCCCUGUAGUUAGUCAAGAUGUGAUUCAGGACGGAAUUUAAAUGAUAUAAAGGAAUGAAUUACUUAAUCAAAAAACUUGAAAGCUCAGGGACCAAGAGAAUCAAUUAUGAGAGUAUUAUAACAAAAACUGCACACAUUUUGCAUUCCUCCUAAAAGCUUCGACUAAUUUAGACCAUCAUCGUAUUUGAAAAUCGACCAGAUAGUUCCCUCCGUCUUGUUUUGUUUCAUCUUACACGGACUGACCACUGUCUCCACUGCCGUCUGUAAAUUAAGUGUUUUACUUUGUUGAUCCUGUUUCUGCACUUUGCCUGCUACAAGUUGCAUGCUAAAAAAAGUUAAAAAAAAAUAAAAAAAAUAUCAAGCACUG